AUGGCGUCUGGUCAUGGAGGGGCCGUUAUGAGAAAUCUCUGUUAUAAAGCGCCAAGACAUCCCAGAACAGAGCUACCUGCCACGACGAAUGAAAGAACAAGAACUAGUUUAGAAGCUGAACAACCAGCAAACUAUGGUUUGGAAGUAAAUGGUGCUAACAGGCCUCCAUCUUCGCGUAGUCACAAAAGACACCACAAAGGUCAUAAGCCCAAACUGUCAGUUAGGGAGUCGUUGUCGGAGUCUCUGCGGGAGUUAGACGAUGUUGACGAAGAACACUUUUACCAGCAUUUGUUGGCUUUGAAAAAUGAACACAAGAAAACUCUAAAAGCUGUUGAAAAACUUUAUUAUACCGAAAAAGACAGACACCUUGCUGGAUUUGAAUUGGAUUCAAGGACUAAAAUAGGUCUCGGCGACUUUGACGAAAGAAGAAUCCCACAGCAUUUUCCUUUACAUGAUUAUAAUCCCUUUGAAGAGAGGGAUAAAGAUAAGCGAGAAGAAAACAUCGAAAUCCCAGUCAUGCCAAAAGAUCUAGUCAAGGACAUGUCAGUAAAAGAUCAAAGAAAAAUAGAGGACAAGGAAAAUGAAGGUAAAAAUUAUUAUUAUUAGGGCCAUUUAUACAUGUCUUACAUCAUGAUCAGUGGACAUGAGGAGUUUGCAUCUUAUCUUAUUUAGGGGGCGUCUCAUUUUUCCUUUUAUAAAUUGCCCCAGUAUUUCUUCUUCGCACUCUAUCUAAACAUUACAAGACCUUGCAACUUGCUUAUAUCUGAAGAUGUUCAAAAGUUCAUAAAAGGGUGUCCACCAUCAAAAUUGGAAAAAAGACAGAAACAGUCAACCAUCAAAGCUGCCACACCAUUGACACUCUCAGAAACGAAAUCGAAAUCAUUGCAUCACUCAUCUUGCUUGUCUUUGCCUUUUUCACCUGUUAUGGGCUUAGCUUCAUAAUGACUCUUACGCUGAUUUGCUUGUUGGGUGGGAAACUAGCCUGUACAGUGGUGUUAUUGGGGAUCUGAGGUGGGGCUUGGGAGUCAAGCCCCACGCUCAUGCCUUAAAAACUGCCUGAGCAACCCUAAUAAUGAUUGUAGGGGCUUUAUUCGACAAUAAAAUUGUUGAGACAUUGUCCUCACAUGGGGUAACUUCGGAGAACAACACAAAACACACCCUUUCCUUCUCCCCUCCAGUUAAAGUUGUGGUGUUUGCCGUUUUCUUUGGGUAGCUUGAACAGCAGCACAAUGUUGUACUGAGGGGUUGGGGUGGGAAAGCCUUAUAUUCUGUUUUUGAAAUUGGCAAAAUUUUAAAGUGGCCCUUUAGGGCAAAGUGUCUAGACUGAUUAAAUUGUUGCCGAUUGCAGGAAAAACAACAAAUUUUGGUCAGUAAAUUCAAUAAACCAUCGCCGCAAGUAUCGCAAAAGUAGAUGAGCUCGUUGCCAAAAUUAAUCAGGCCUAUAGAAUACUGGACGGACCCACACUGGAUGCAGAUUUUUCCAUAGAUUUUCAAUUCCCCUCUCAUAAUUAUGAUCUCUUUGCUCUUUUCCCCUUAUGUCUUAACAUCUCUCAUGCAGUUUUCACUGUGGCUUCACAGGGUAAUACGAUCAGGAAAUUUUGUUUUCCUCCUUCCCGAGAAAGACAGCAAUAUAAGGAGGGCGUGGUAUAGGUGCGAAUACUAACUUUUUACUUCAUGUACCCUUCUGCAGGUGACUCUUCUCUAGAGGAGCUGCUAACUCCGCGGAGAAGAUCCUACAGUGAUCCUGAAGCCUGGGACGAUGAAACGAUAAAUUCAACGAGUAAACAAUCAGACGAUGGGACAGGUUUAUACCAGGAAAUGUAUCCGCGGAGGUCGUCCGCAUUGGAUGUUGUUGAAGACAUGUGGGAAGGAUUCUCCGUUUAUGAUUAUCCGCCAGAAUCGAGCCCUCCGCGCGAAAGAAUGCAAAAGAAAAAAGAAUGGACUCCGCAGAUAACAAUUCCUAAACCAUUUGGUAUGACGGUGAGAGAAGCUAAGAAGAAAGCAAAAAUCACAAGAUCGCAGGCGAUUCUUCAGGAGGAUUUGAAAAAGAAACAAGAAAAAGAGGAAGCAGAGCUGCAUAAAAAAUUCCGCGCUCAGCCUGUUCCUGCUACGACUUUUUUGCCUCUUUACGAUGAAAUAACUCGUCAAAAUGAAUUGAGGAGAUACCAAGUUAGGGAGCUCAGCAAAGCGAUUCUAAAAUCCACUGAAAAACCGUUUAAGUUCGUGAAACGCGAAGAAGAAAAGAAACAGCUGCGGCGAACAAAAUCCCUUAGUAAUAUAGCUGAUCUAGAGAACAAAAUGGAAGAAAAGAAGAAAUUUAAAGCGAAUCCUUUUCCUGAUCACUUGUUCGAUUUGACUUUGGCUGACAAGGUGGCUGAGAAGGAAGAAUAUAGAACGAUUAAAAUGCGAAUGCGCGCGCAAGAAAUGCUUGCCGUGUCCCGCUUACCUCCUAAUAUGGAAGCGCGGGGUGAAGAAUACACUUUGGGUCAUUUUCGCAGCAAAUUGAAUAAAGAAGGCAACAAGAACGCCUUCAUGACAAAAGAACAUAAGUUUAGACCCCAGAUAAAUCCUGAUAUACCGGAUUUUGACGAUCUGCACAGACAGUUUGAAAAGGAGAUGAGGGACAAGAAAAGAGAACGGGAACCUACUGUGUCCGAACCAUUCAACCUAAGAACGGCGCAUGUGUCCACUGCUCGGAAAUCCAGGUGCUCGCGGUCUCAGGAGAUACCCAUCAGUGGUCGAUUGUCCAGGGAUCGAUCGGUCAGCCGGGAACGACCUUCGAGUGCCAGGCCUCACACUCCUCACGAUACGCUUCCAUUUGGGUAGGUAUAUAGGCGAGUCUUUGUUGACAUUAUUGUUUAACCUGGAGCCCAUUACCCAGAGAGAGCAACUUCCAUGUACUUGUGUCACGACGCUUUUACCGACCCGGUUAUUUUUAGAACGAUUUGACGCGAAUUUAAAAUAUCUUCUUACAGUCAAACCUCCACUAACGACCACCUUUUCACAACUGCUACUUUUUUGGUGGACAGUCCAUACAUUGACCCUUGUUUAAACCUCUCUACAACGGUCAGCUCUCCACAAGGGCCACUUUCUUCCCGGCGUGCCCAAUCGAUGAAAUUGAAAACUAGAUAAAAUCGAUUGUAAUCUAUCUUAAUCGAUAGUAAUUAAUCGAUUAAUAUCGGAAAUCGAUGAAAACUGCAGAUCGAAAGAGUUGUGAGUAUCGAUUUGGCGAAACUAAUGAGAGGUCGAUUUGGAGCAAGUCUGGCUAAAUUGAGUUGAAGCAGAUGCUUCUUAGUUUGGCCUCGCGAGAAAUUAGAGACCUUUAGAUUCUAAGACAAGGACGACUAUACUAUGAGGACGAGAUUUUCUUAAUACCGGGCAUUGCGCGCGCGUGCGUGAAUCAGCGUCAUUUUGGCGGGAAAACGUGACAGCCGGCGUCAUUCUAAGACGAGUUUUAGCGAGAAUAGGGACCUUACUAUGCGACAACGGCGACGUCCAUAAAAACGUCGCUGAAAAAUAGACUUGGCAUCCUUCCACUUUUUUUCUCGAUUAUUCUAAGGGGCUCAGUUACUGAACAGAAGGGAAUUGGGUUGGAGCUGAAGAGAAGGGACCACGCCCCAGUUCUCACAGGCAUAGUAGAAUUUAUCGCCUUGCCGUUUCCGUUCCCAGGUGAACUUGAAAUUUGGUCAAUUCACGUCCUAGUUAUGUAGGGACGGCAAAGAAAUGUACAAAAAAAGCGUGAUGCACGUGCAGAGUUGUUGUUUUGCUUAUGAAACCCACUGCUUUUUUGAAGAUCCUGUUGCUGUCGCCGUCGUAGUUUCGUAAGGUCCCUAAUGUCGUAGUGGCGAAAAUGAGUUAUCAAAUGUUAGAAGUUUUAUCAUUUUGCGAUGGGGAGAGGGCUUUAAGCAAAGGAAGGGAAAAAAAAGGACAGUGAAGCUUUCGGGGAAAUCUAAUUUUUGAGAAUACGCGAAAAAGCUUUAAAUCAAAUCUCUUACUCGUAGUCGUUUUUGUCCUCAAAUCUAAAUGUUUCUACUGUGUUCAACAUGCAAACUUUGAAUUAGAAACAUUUAUUUCUUCUCUCUCAUCACCUCUAACCAGAGGAGCACUCGCAUUACCUACAGCGGUGUCACGUGCGUGCCUCUAUGGGUGAAAGGGGUGUGAGCCGGGUCUUUCAUCCCGAUGGAAGUCUUCAUUUUUUUCCCUAACAUCUCCUCCCAUUUCUGGCGAGCGGAGCGUGCUGCGAGAGAACGCGUGCAGCUCUCGCGUGACUUCUCGCGACUCCCUCCGUUCGCGGGCUGUGUAAAAGUAACAGUUACUAUUGUUCUCUUUCAGCACCACGGAGUCUACGCGUCUGCGCGAGAACACGGUUCGUAAGAGCCUUGAACAGCGGAGAGCCAGUGAACAGGAUGAGAUUAAACAAGAACAACGUAGGAGACGGAGACAGAAGAUGUUAAAACCAGAAGUGACGAGAAAAGUUUUGGCGAAUGAUAAUAGCGGGCAGCUGAAAAAAGCCGCAAAGGAAAAAGUUCAAAGUUUCAGGUCAGAACCAUGGUCAUGUUGAACUUUUCCUGGGACGAUGUUUCUGGUGUCAUGCUCUGAUUGUCUUAAUGUUGACAGAUUCGAAGCAUUGAGAGAUAGGAUUCUUAUCGCUGUGUUAUUAUGCAGUCAAAGCUCUCCCUAAGUACAAUCACAUAAGCAGACAGUUCUACUUAGGGCCGCCUUGGCAAAUCCCCCUUUUAGCUUUCCGCUACCAAAUCGUUUCCGUAAGCGGCCGACUCCAAUCUUUCAUAUCUUUUGACUCUUUUAAGUCUUAAAGCCCAGUUCUUUCUAGCCUGCGAGUAAGCUCUGCUGUUCUGUCGAGAACAAAUCACACAAUCCGUCUUUCUGGGGUAAGGUCUUUUAACUUGUAACGUACUAAAAAGAUGCCCUUUUAUAAAGCCUUGCAGCUAGUCUAGUUUGUUUGCUUUUUUAUCUCAAGUAAUGAAAAGCGGGAAGUACAUUCGAGCACUUGGUCGUUGAAGUAUUUGCCGGCAAACUGCAAAUAUGGCUUUAUGAUAGAAAAUGUAUCGGAGAACGAUGAAACAGUAACGUGCUUUUUUUCUGAACAUUCACACAAAGCGACAAACAAUAAGGGUAAUAAACAUGGAAAUAGUCACGUGGCCGUCACUGGAACAUGAUGUUGGAACUCUUUAACCACUGUGAGAGUGGCCGUAUUUAUAACGAGAGGACUUCUUUAAAAACGCCUGAAGUCGUCUAGUAUACGUGUGCCUGAUCGGCGCUCUUAAUAAAUGUCUUAGACGUCCUCAGACGUUAAAGCCUUUUUUUUCUUGUCGGCCAAUCCUUCAAUGAUCGUUCAAUGCGUCUAGACGUCUUAGACGUCCCUUGUCACUGUGCAAAUUAUGGCCGAACUGACCUGAUAUUCGUAUCCGUUUCUUUUAGAGAAAGUGAUCGAGCGCGUAGAGAGGAAUACCAACGUGAACUUCAAGAGAUGCAGGAGCGUGUAAACAAACGACCGCUGCUCUUUGAACAACAAUCCCAGGCUACUGCGAGACGUGCUGCAGAGCGCAAGUAUGCGGAUAUUCUGCGAAGCGCAGGCGUGGACGAGGCGCUUGUUCAAAACCUGGUUACCAAGGAAGGCGGAAUUGUGGAUGCCGAGUCAGAGGAUGAGCUUCAAGAGACUGGAUCCCAGUUGAAUUACAGCGGGUCCAGGCGCUCUUCGGGUGCUGACUACAGAUUUGGUAGUCAGGCUUCUAAUGCUGAAAAGCUGGAGGACACUGAAAGCGAUGUCGAAGAGGAGAUUGAAGAAGAAGAUGAUGAGAUAUGA